UAUUUGUACGAUAUAUCUUAAGACAGCCAUCCCUAAUGAAACAUUCAUAACAAGUGUGUGAUAAUAUUUGUAAAACUUGAUAUCCAAUAAAUAAUCUUAUGUUCUUUAUAAAAAAAAAAAGAAAAAAAAAGGAAAAAAGAAAAAAAUGCAUAAGCAAAUAAAAAACCCAGGAAAAUAUAUAUAGAAAAAAAAAAGAAACUUACACUCGUAGUUUCAUUUUGUUAAAGGUUAAAACUAUUAAAGAAAUCGCUUGAACGAUUUAUUUACCAAAGGUGAUAAUGAACUUGAAUAGUAAUUUAAAUUUUGCCGCCGAUCUAAUCGAACGCUAAAGAGGGCGCCACUGUAGCACGUUACCUGUCAUCGCCAUCUGACGUCGAGGUUAUACUGCGAAGCGCAUUCAACGAUAGAUAGAGCCACGGGUUGGCCGUGUGUGUUUAAAAAAAAAAAAAAAAGAAAAAAAACGAGGCAAAGGAUAACAAUAUACACGGCCGGGAGUGCGGUGAAAAUCGGUGAAAUGGUGGAGUUUUGGUGUGGGUAUAUUUAGAAAUCGGAGUGUACGAUGUUGGAAGGUGGUCGUGCAGCGAUCUGGCUCCUUGUAUCAGCCCAACGUGCUGCACGCCACCCGAAAGAUUUACGUACUAACCCUGUUGCACCUGUUUGAACAAAACAGAAAAGAAAAAAGUAAACAAAAAAAACAAAAAAAAAAAAACAAAAAAAAAAAAAGAAAAAAGAAAGCAAAAGACCCAAUAAAACAAAACAAAACAAAACAAAAAAAAACCACCAGUCGCAGAGCCCUGCACCGUAACCCCAUGACGCAUUUAACACAUGGCCCGCCUGGAGAUCUUAGAGCAAGCAGCUAUCCGUUUAUAUCCAAGAUAAUAACGUUGCUUCUCGAAAAUGCUCUCCAAUGAAGUAAAGACCAAGGGAUCCUAUGAAAAGCAAAAUCUUUGCAUAACGCACUCUCCCCUACCUACCGAGCUUCUUUUUUUAGCUGAUCUAUCUUCUAUUAUCUCUUUCAACCGAUCGCGUAUAUUAGAAAGGCGACAAAAUAACAAAAGAGAAGUACCGAGCAUAGUGGUGCAUAAAGGAAGCAGGUCGCAAGGUCGACCUGAGAGUCCAACUGUGGUGGUACGCGGAGGAAUGCCCUCGUUGCCGUCCUCCAGGCAAGGCCUCGUCCUCGGUGGCUCCACUGCAGCUUAUACAAGUGCCUCGGGCUCGGAUAUGAUAGACGGGAAUGCCAACCCCACCGUCGGCAGCAAUCCCGCACCGAACUCUCAUCACCGUCCCACGCCAUCCUGCCCACCUGAUAAAUUGGAUACGGAGAGCAAGAACUUUCGGAAUAGGACGAGUACGAAAGUGAAAUUGCUGGUCAGAAGUCAUGCUAUAGGAGAAUCAACGUCUCCGCCGAGAGAACCGCACAAUAGUCCGUCGUCACCGCACAGCGCUCAGUCGGUCGAAACAGAGAAAAAAUUCACGAGUAGCCUCUCGCCAAACUCAAACAAUUCAAAGCUUAACAACAACGAGCCGAUGUUCAACAGCAAUCUCUGUACGACCCAGUCACCUAAGCAAAUGCGUAACACGGCUACUUCGCCCACUUGUCGAGUUCCAUCGCGAAAUGGUCAAUCUAGUCCCUCUCAGGUACAUUCACCAAAGAACAUCAUCUCUCCGACGAACGGUAAUAAUAAGUCGGAUAAUAAUCAUCGUUCGAAGUUAUCAUCGGGCUCGAAUAUCAUACAGAAAUGCAAUAAUUGCGUGAAAAACAAUCAGAACGAGAGACCGGGUUUGUUACAAACCCCGGUCUCUCCGUCGAAGACAGGCCAGGCACUCCAGCAUUCACCGAAAAGUACGAAUUUGGCACCGAAUGCGCAGAACAAUCAACAGAGAUCGGAUCAACGAAGGCCGAACACUCUUAACAUAUGCAACAACCAAUGUUCGGCACAAUGCGGUAAUACACUUUCCGUAAGCAGGCCGAGCUCGAGACAUAAGCUCAGGCAUCAGAAUUCGUCACAGGGUAGCUUCGACAGUGCAUCGCCGUGUUUAUCUCGAGAUAGUAGUACCGAGUUGUACACAGACAGUACCGGUAUCGACCUUGAACAGUUCAUCGCAGAGACGAUAAAUCGUAAUCAAAAGGAUCGUACUGUCUUAUUAAAGAUCGAGAAAGAAUUAAUUGAAUUUGCUAAGGAUAGACAAAAGCUCUGUCAUAAGUUCCCAAAUAUGUCAUCGUACAACAGAAUGUUGGUACACAGAGUGGCGGCUUAUUUCGGUAUGGAACAUAACGUAGAUCAAACGGGACUUAGCGUGAUCGUAACAAGAACUAAAAACAUGCGAAUACCUGACACACGUUUCAAGGAACAUAUCAGGGACGAUUUAAUAUUAUCCGAGGAACCACGUAGGAGUAUACUUAAAAGAGAUUCAAAUUCGUUUGAAGAUAGUUUCAAUUUUAAAUCGCCCGAUAGAUUGUCGGGUGAUUAUUGUCGACGUAGCAAGAGUUUCGAGGAACGACAGGAACAAUACGAAAGGACAAGGCGAAGGAUAUUCAAAGGGAGUAGCGGAGAUAGCAACGAAGUUGCUUCCUGGCAAUAUUGGUCUUCGUCUGAAAGUUCCGAUGCCUCCGCUAGGUAUCGCUUAUUAUAUCCUUCGGAUCAUGCGAGCAGACAAACUCGAUUGCUGAAAGGUGAAUCCCUCGAUACGAGAGAAUCUUACCGUGCUGAAGUUGUACGACCUUCGGUUUCUAAAUCGUCCAGUUUUGACGGCUAUACGAGAGGCAUGCUAUCAAGAGGGGACAGCGUAACGUCCACCCAUAGUGCUGGAGCUCGUCUCAUGAAACAAGAUUCGGGUGCAAGCGUGUGUUCCCGUUUAAGCCCAUCCAGUAGCGGGUAUAAAUCUCAAAGUCAACGCAGCGACGCUACGAUCUCACCAUCCCCAUCGCCGUCGCCCGUGGCAGCAAUGACAUGUAGUCAUACUCAAGUAUCUAGUCAGGAUCUAGCUUCUCCGGAAUCAAGUAAUCAAACGGUGAUGUGGGCUAUUACCAGUCUAUCCAGUGUACCACCUGGUAGCAUCAUCAUUAAUCCUCAAACGAAUCAACCGUACACGAAUGCCGACGGUUCAAUAUAUCGUUUUGAUCCGGAAAAUCCACCAAAGUUCUUUUCAACGGAAAACGAAAAUAACGGCCAUCAGGCAACUACUAACAAACAUAACGAAAUGUCUGAACCAACCAAAGCUGCCAGACAGAACGAAUCCAAAAGUGAAAGUAAAAAACGUUCGAAGUCUAAUAAUAAUAAUAAUAAUAACAACAAUGGUGGUAAUGGUACACCACCAACAACAACGACGACGACGACGACGACGACGACGAGUGCUCACGUGACGAAUACCGCAACGUCACCUAGUUUGCCAUUUACUCCACCGCCACCACCACCUCCACCUCCACCACCCCCACCAGUUUUAACGCAACAACAAAACACGCCUGUUCAGCAGCAACAAACUCUAGUCAAGCCGUCCACGACGGUGCAAACGUGUAGUCAUAAUCAAACGGCACAACCGUACACGAAUUAUGUACCUACCUCAGAACCGUACAACCAAGGUGUCUAUCAAUCACCUGGAAUAGGACAGCAACAGGCUGUGAUGAUGUCGACCUCUCAUCCUACUCAGGGUCAAGCUAAUAUGCCGAACGGUCAAAAUGAGGUUGCGUUCAACCAAAAUCCUCCUGUUUAUGCCAAUUACGGUGGUGUGCCUGUUCAGCAAGGAUCGAUGCCACAAUCUAACGAGGUAUCCGAUUUAUCCGGAUAUUUCGUUGGUAUGAAUAUCUACGAUCAACGUGGCGCAGGCGAUAAUCAUUCGACGCCACCGCAUACCUAUCCUCAACCACCCCCAUCUUCCAAUCAAACUAUGCAAAAUGUGCAGACGAUGCAACCUAAUUAUUGGCAACCUCCGCCAAACCAAAUACCGCCACAGCAAACGAUGUACUUUGUCCCACCACCAGGAACAACGAUCUCAGUAGGACAAAAUCCAGGUGAUAGACAACAACUACAUCAGCAGCAAAGAUUUACACCGAAUUACGCUUUUAAUGCACAAACUAUGACGCCACCGAGUCAAUCGAAUGCAAAUUAUAUGAGCAGCUAUCCGGUAUCUUACAACUCGGUCCCUGCUGUCGCUCCAGCACCAGCCGAUUAUACUUAUCAACCAUCAGUACAUAUGGUUCCAACGUAUUACCCGCCACCAGGGCAACAGCCUAUGCAGCCACCACCAGUUAUGUACAGGGUGCCUACACCACCGAAUACUCCGAUAUCGAAUCAGAUGCCCGGAGUGCCGUUGAUGUAUGUCAACUCCGGCAGUUACGCACCACCAACUAUGGUAUCUGGUGGGACCUUUGGACAUCAGGUUGCACAUAAUGGUACAUCCCCUGCGCCACCUGGUACUUACAUGACUCCCGCGCUGGUUCCAAAUCUUGUUUUUAGGCAAAACGUUCCUGUUGUCACUGGUGUUCGAGCUUCGACACCAGGUAGCUCUCAAAGAGCAAGCAGGUCACCUACUCCGGCGCACGAACUGUUCGGUGGUGGAAGUGGGGACAGAAACGCACAACCUCAACCACGCUACCCACUGCCAAUGUAUCAGGGUGUCCAUAUCGUGCAAGGAGAUAUGAGACUGAUGCAUCCAGGAGUAUCUGCUAAUCCUCGGUUACCAUACGCACCGGUACCAUCACCACCUGUUGUUCAAGGUUGCCCACGGCCAUAUCGACCACCCUCUUAUUCUUCGAACACCUCGGGCGGUGGCACGCCUACUUCGUUCGACGGAAGAAAUCAAAAGAUUCGAAAACAGAGGUCCAAGGUAGCAACUUUACCACCGAUCAAUGCACGGCCCAAUAUUUAUCAGACUCCUUCCAUGCCAUCGCUCUCGUCCAAUGUACCGAAGGAUAUCAGAGAAGAUCGAUACGGCGAAUGUGCUGGAGAGGGCGGUUCCUGCUUUCGCGAGCAAGCUCACGAGUCCGCAGAGUCUUGGUCUUUCUCGAGAUAAAUCUAUCGUGUGUGCCACGUUCCAAUGGAGAGAGAAAAAAAAAAAAGAACCGUAAAGGUGACAAUCACCCGUCGAAACCAGUUGGUACAAUAUUAAGUAACGAGGCUGACAGAAGAAUUCAACGUUGAUAAUAACAACAGAAGAGAGAGAGAGAGAGAGAGAGUGAGAGAGAGAGAAAGAGAGAGAGAGAGAGAGAGAGAGUGUGUGUGUGGAUGGGUGGGUAGGUGGUUGUUUGGGUGGAUUGGGUGAGGGUUGAAAAUCAUUGAGGAAAUGAAAUUUAAAAGAAAUGAACUACAAAGAAACAAAACAAAACAAAAUAAAAUAAAAAUAAUGAAGGAGAGCGAGAUAGAUAGAUAGACAGACAGACAGACAGACAGAGAGAGA